AUGAGUUUUGUGGAACAUGCAUCACCGUACCACCAAUAUCAGCAGUCUCCGUCGCAAAUGGCUGCGGCUAGCUCUAUCGGCUCACCACCUGACCAAAUGAAUCCUCAGACGUCUCAUGUUGGUCCAAAUGUGAAUCCAAUUCAAGGCACUACAAAAUUGUCAAAUUCCCUGAACGAAUGGUUCGAACAAAUGAUUGAGAUGCGACGUCUAAAAGCAUUGCUCUGUCAUGCAGCAUUUUCGUCAGCACUCUAUUUGCUGUUUGCGUGUGUGUUGCAAAUUUCUUUGGUUCACCCGAUUGGCACCAUUUAUGAUAUCUUAUCAUUAUUGUCGUCGUCACGUACGAUUCUGUUCUUAGUUGGUUAUGUGCUGAUGAAUACAAUGUCGACGUAUAUUAUUGGUCGUUUUCUUUUGCGAUUCGACAGUGAGAAAAAAUUGUCGAAAAAAGAUUGGCAUGUGUGGUGUGUAUUGGCUGGUUUCAUUGUUCUGGAUAAUUUGAAAGGACAUCUACUCUUAACGGGUUCUGGCGUGACGUUCGUGAAAGGAAUUAUUGUGGAUGCUCCAUCAUUUAUUGUACACGUACCGGUGUUAGUGGCUACCUUCAUGAACGUUUUCGAAUGUGAUUAUCGCCUUCAGAUUCCUGCCUUCGAGUUUGGUGCCGUCCAUCAGCUGCAAUCAGCGCUACGUUUAGGCAACGAAGCCGCGUCGAAGAGUCUUCUGGUGGUUGGGAAAUGGACUGUCGUUUUUACAUUCCUGAUAGGACUGCCAAUGUAUGGAUGGACCAUAUUUCCGGCCGUCUUUUCUGUUCGAAUUGUUUUCUCGACGCUGGUUCUUGCCUACUCUCAAGCGCUUCUUCAUUAUCUAUCGCUGAAAUGUUUGAAAGCAUUAGUUUUACAGCAUUACACCUUUGCUUUGCCUCCAGCGCACGCAGUCGUAGAUCCAACUCCGGAACAG